AUGCUGCAGGAGGGCAGCAUUGCCCGGUUGGCUGGGCUGCAAUCUCAGCCGCUCCUCAACGGCGUCACGGUGAAAGUGGUCAAGUACCAGAGUCUGAAGCAGCGAUAUGUCGUGACAUUCCCCGGCGGCGAGCGCGGGCGAGCGACGUUCAAGCCAGAGAACCUGCUCCCGCUUAACAGCAUUGUGCCGGCCAGAGUGGAGGUUUCUAUCGGCGCCUCCAUCGACCUCACGGAGGACUUGCCCAGAGUGGACGCUUCUGUCGGCGCCUCCAUCGACCUCACGGAGGACUCGCCGCAGCCGCCGCCCUCCUUUUGCCAGCUUCGCGACCACGCGACCGAACCGGAGCGGCCGUGGGCGAUUUCGUUUCGCGAGAUGAUCGAGCCGGCCGAGUCUGUGACGCACGUGCUGCUGUCGUCGUUUGGGCACGCUCGCAGCCAGCUGGACGAGCUGCGGCGGAGGCUCGAGGCCACCUGCCCGCGCCUCGAGGAGGUCCUCCUCGUGUCUGACUGGCGCAACACGGACGGCGUCGGCGCCAGCAGGGACGGCCCAGUCGGCGCGAGCGAAGGCUUCGCCAACAACCCGCACUACGUGGCGUGCCCGGCGGCGAGCGAGGACGGCAAGACCGCCUUUCGCGUGCGGUGCGCCGUCCUCUACCCGCCCCUCGCAGGCGACGAGCCGGAGCGCGCGCCCGCCAAGGCGUGA